AUGAGCACCGGCUCAGCGUCUAAGCCCACAUCCUCUCUGGCCGUUAUCGGCGCCGGGCAGAUGGGCUUGGGAAUUGCAUACGUCGCGGCGCUACGUGCCAAAGUCCCGGUCUUGUUGAUGGACAGGAGCAAGACACAAAUUGAGAAAGGUCUUUCACUGUUCUCUAAACUGCUCGAGAAGGAUACGGCCAAAGGGAAGAUCUCGUCCGAGGACGCGAAGGACGCGAAGGACCGCGUUAGCGUCGUUGAAGGCGAUAUAAAUCGACUUCGAGAUGUGGACAUGGUCAUCGAGGCAGCUUCGGAGAACCCCAAGUUGAAACAAGAUAUAUUCUCAGCGCUAGGUCGCGAGAUACAACCGAACGCCAUCCUCGCCAGUAACACGAGCAGCAUUAGCAUUACGAAGAUCGCAGCUGCCACGCUUCCUGAAGGGGUUAGUGCUGCGAGCGACGAAGGACGCCAAGUCACCGGUCGCGUAGUUGGCAUACACUUCUUCAACCCUGUCCCCGUGAUGAAACUCGUAGAGCUUAUCCCCGGACUUCAAACUUCUCCCGAUACUCUCGAACGUGCACGCGCAUUUGCCGUUGCGUGUGGUAAAGAGGUGACGACGUCGCGAGACGAGCCUGGUUUUGUUGCAAACGCCUUGCUUAUGCCCUUCAUUAACGAGGCCAUCAUGUGCUUAGAGAAGGGCGUCGCCACCCGCGACGACAUCGACAAGACUUUGAAGCUUGGCAUGAACCAUCCAAUGGGACCGCUACAGCUUGGUAUCAUCGGUUUGGACACCUGCCUUGCCAUCCAACAAACUCUGUACCAUGGUACUGGAGACUCAAAGUAUCGUCCCUCUGUGCUAUUGGAACGGAUGGUCGACGCGCAAUGGUACGGUAAGAAGAAUGGCAAGGGGUUCUAUGACUACCAGUAG